CUCCGCUGUGUCGCGGGGGAAAUGUCGGGACAGUACGGUUUCAAUGGCGAAGUCGGAGGCAUCAGUGGUGACAUAUAAAUGGAGAGUGGGGUCAGCAAUCUUGAGGACAGGGGUCGUGGUGAUGGUUUGUUUGAGGAAGUCGAAAGCAUGGUGGCGGCGAUCGUUCCAAUUGAAGGAUUCGUCCUUGCGUGCGAGUUCGUGGAGAGGGUAAGAGAUCUCGGAAAAGUUGCGAAUGAAGGGGCGGUAAGAGUUGGCAAGGCCRAGGAAGGAACGAAGUUGGAGGAGGGUUUUGGGCGGGGGGUACUCGACGGGUGCUGUGACCUUCGAGGGGUCCAUACUGAUGUCUUCGGCGGAGACAAUGUGGCCAAGGUAUUCGACGCUCGAAGCAGCAAACGUACAUUUGUUGAACUUGGCGUAAAAUUUUUGCUCUCGGAGGAUCGAGAGGACUUGGCGAAUGUGCUGAAGGCGGGACUCAAAGGUGGGGUUAAAAAUGUGGAUGUCAUCAAGGUACACGACGACACAGACUUUGAGGAGGUCACAAAAGAUGUGGUUCGUGGUGGAUUGGAAUGUGGCGGGGGCAUUGGUGACUCCGAAAGGCAUUACGAGGAACUCGUAGUGCCCGAACCAAGAGCGGAAUGCGGUCUUGUGGGUGUCCUCCUCGAGGAUACGGAUCUGGAGGAAGC